ACCGGUCUAUCAGCUCAGCCCAUGCCUCGUCGGCCUCGUGCGAAAAUCUCGUACCAGCGGAAUGGCGAUGUUUCGUGCCCGGACUUUCGGCCAAGGUGUGAAGGAUAAUCUGCUAGUACUUUCAACAGUUUUCACUUUAUUUGCCGGUUUAUCAUGCUCGGAACCUUUUUCGGACGGGUGGUUUCCCUUUGAAGAUGUGGUUACACCAUAUGAACAUGGCAAGCACGGCUCCCCUCGCUCUCAUCGACAGAUACGAGAAUGUCAACCAGUCAUAUACGGCAACGUGACUCAUCACAUGCAAAAAUCACACAACUCGGAGCAGAAUGGAAAAGUCCCUUACCCUGUAACUGAUUUGAAGUAUUUUUAUGAUGACCUCCCGCUUGGUGAGCGAGCCCCUGGGCACAUAGUUUGGGUGAAGAAUCCCGCCAGGACAGUCUCUGUCCUGGAGCCAUAUGACUCUGGUGGUUGCACCAACCUCCACAGGGCCACUGUCGCAGCCUCUGCUAAGCAGGAGAAUUGUAUGGUUGCUGUCAAUGCAGGAUUUUUCAACACCAGAACUGGGGAUUGCUAUGGAAAUGUGGUGACCAAUGGAAAACUGGUCCAAUCAAGUGGCUUGCAGAAUGCACAUUUUGGUAUCCGGGCUGAUGGGUCAAUUGUUUUUGGGUAUUUAUCAGAAGAGGAUGUAUUACAGAAGGAUAAUCCAUUCAUCCAGCUUGUGGGAGGAGUUGGUUGGUUGCUAAGAGAUGGUCAAAUAUAUGUGGAAGAAAGUAGGAAUGCAGAAUGCGGAGAUGUAGAGGAAUCAGGUACUGUGGACCAAUUCUUCAACAUGUUAUCAGCGAGAGUGGCCGUCGGCAGUGAUGAUGAAGGUCAUUUAGUACUUGCAGUUAUAGAUGGACAGAGCAAAGUCAGGGGGCUGUCAUUGUCAUCCUUUGCAUCAUGGCUUCUAUCUCAUGGAGUAAAGAAUGCUAUAAACCUUGAUGGUGGAGGAUCAGCUACCUUUGUGAUCAACGGUACAGUAGCUAACAAUCCAUCAGAUCAUUGCCGAAACUCUGCCUACCGAUGUCCUAGACAAGUUUCCACCAUUGUCUGUGUUCAUGAGCCAAGAUGUGAUCCAAGAGAUUGUAAUAACCAUGGUGACUGUAUCCAGGGAGUGUGUCGUUGCCAUGCAAACUGGCAUGGUGUGUCAUGUGACCUGCUACAAUGUGGAGACCACAACUGCAGUGAGAAAGGCAUUUGUUCUGGAGAUGGAUGUCGUUGUGAUAAGGGCUACUUUCCCCCGGAUUGCUCAAUGACUUGCCCUAGUGGUUGGUAUGGUCAAGAUUGUAGCCGUCAUUGUGAAUGUGUUCAUGGUGGAUUAUGUGAUCCAAUAAAUGGAGAUUGCAGAUGUCUUCCCGGCUACACAGGAAAAUACUGUCAAGAGAUUUGCCCCAUUGGAUAUUAUGGACCUGGAUGCAAUGAAGAAUGUCAAUGCAGUGAUGAUCUGUGUCCCUGUCACCAUAUAACAGGAUCAUGUAUGCUUCCACACAAUGACUCAUACUAUGGUAGUAUUCUUAAAGUUGGGGAGUGUCUUGCCAGGAGAAUCAUCCGAGAUGAAGCGCUGGUUCCGUACAAUCCUCUCUUGGAAGACCAACUCACCGUGCUCCUCAUUAUAGCAGUUGCCGUGGCAAUCGUCAGCAUCCUGUGCAAUAUCAUCUGCCUCUGUUUUCGCUGCUCCUGCAAGUGCACCUCCUUGUCAUGCGAGAAUGGGUACAGCAUCCCAAAGAAACACAUCUACCAUCAGCUGGACAGUGCAGACUACACAGAGGAAGAUGAAAACCUCUGACCCUUGUGUGACCUUUGACUUGUACAUCCAUCUCCAGUACUUUUGUGUAAUCAGAUUAUUUAUAUGACUUUACAGAUAUAUUGGUAUUGUAUUGAAAUAUUUUUAAUUUCAGGUCUGCUUUGCAGCAUGGGUUUUAAAUGUUAAGUUUCAUGUAUUUGUUUUUUUUAUGUGUUUUACUGACAGUAUUUGUGGAAAUGAUACUGCUGAAUCAGGUGCUCUACUAAUUAUUUGUUAAGGGAAAAUAGAAUCCUUGUAUUUCAAAACGGAUUUGUUUUCUUUAGAAAAAAAUCAGUAAAUUAUGAUUGACAAGUGACAUAAUGUGACUUUAACCUUCAUUCUGCAGUGUAUAUACACAUUGGAAAUUGUUUUUAUAAGAUUUUCACUGUUUGCAACUGCUGCAUUGCAUAUGGUUUGCAUAUAUUACCAAUGAACUUCGAAAUUGAUGUUAAGAAUACUGAAGAACAUUUGAAUAGAUAGUUUUCUGUAGAAAUUAUUAUUUGUUAUAUGUGAAAUAAUAACAUGCAUUGGGAGGGGGCAAGAACAGAUAUCACCUUCCUCUUAUUUUUUGAUAAAUGAAAGCUGCUUGGCAGAUGUCUUGCUUUAUAAUUGCCCAUGGUCAUAUAUUGAACAAAACAGGUUAUAAUGUCAGUUCAUGCAGUAACUAACAUGCACCUAAUAUAUUUUUGCACAAAAAUAGUAUUUUUUGUUUGUUUCCUUUAUACCUCAUGGCACUACAUGUUCAUUGUGGAAUUUGUUAUAUAUGACAAAUUUAGUACUAAUUUGUUUCUUUCUUUCGAUAUGUACUCCAUUAUGACAUAGUACUUCUAGCAUGUAUUUUGUAUGAAUAUUGGUACUAUUUAAGUUUUAUGUGCCUCCACCAACAGGAGGCAUUGUGUUUCCAGGUCAUUCAUCUACCUGUCCCAUGUAUGCUUAUGGAGUGACAAUUAUGGGUAAGUUUAGGUCGCAAGGUCAAAGGUCACAGAGUGGUCUUUGUAUACCUGAAAAGGUCUUGAUCUCACUAAAGACCUGUUCAAGGGGUCAACUCCAGAAUUGGCUCAUGUACAUGUGAGUGAUGUGAGUAGAUAUUGAGGUCACAAGGUCAAUGGUCAAAAGGUCACAGAGGUCAUUGUAUACCUGAUAACUAAAGAAUCAUUUGAGGGAUCAUCUUUUGAUAUACAGUAGCUAUUAUAUUUAUAAAAUUAUGGGAGCAAAGAUGAUUUAUGUUGCAGAUUAAAAGGUCAAAAGUCAUAGAGGUCAACCAUUUCUUCUUGUCGCAAUAACUUGUAGGUCCUAUGAACAGAGCAUAGUUAUCUUCAGUUCAUGUAUGUUGAGUUUGAAAUAUACAUGUACAUGUAUUUCUAAUGUGGCGAUGUGAUACAUUUUUACUGCAUGCAUUCUAUCUACCUG